AUGACGCUGGCCAGCCAGCUCUGUAAAGAUGCCACUGCAGCCAGGAAGACCUGGAGUGCUCGCGAGACGGAGAGGUUUGCCAAGGUAUGCCAGAAGCGGGUCAGAGACAGCCAAGGCUUCGAGACCACUACGAGAUUGAAGAUUAUCGCACCAGCUCAAACACGUGAGGGUGCCAAGAAGGCCGCACAGGAACUGAAGCGCAGCCUGGAUGCGCAUGGCUUUGUCGCUUCCGAAGUGCAGGUGGAAGCUUUGGUAAAAGGCAUGAUUUUCCGUCUCUCAGUUCAGGCGUCAUGGGUGAAGGAUGAGAGUGCAUCGGGCGGGCUUUGCGGGCAAUGUCCCAUUUGCCUUGGUGACAAAAUUCUUGUGGCACUCGCCCCUUGUGGCCACACUGUGUGCAAUCAGUGCAAAGGCAAGAUUCCUGUUGGACGGAAGUGUCCGAUGUGCCGUUCCGUUGUGGAACGGGUGACGACCGGGAUUUACGUGGACAUGGCGUGA